AUGGAGAGUGGACCAUCAUCUCAUCUCGACUGGGCUCGUAGUCUGGAAGCGGUUCUUUCAGAUCGGACGGCUUUGGAUUUAUUCCAAAAAUGGUUAAUGGAAUAUUCAUUACCGCAAUAUUUGGAUCUAUAUUUUGCAAUUCGAGCGUUUGAGAGAAUGACUUUGGAAGGGAAACCAGAGAAAAAUCAACUGUCCAAAUCGAUUUACUGCAAAUUUCUGUCAUCACGAACUGGAAAUUGUGAAGCGAUUCCGAAACAUUUCAAAGCGCCGAUCGGUGAGAAAAUUCGCCAUGGAAUCGAUUUGGAAGACCGCGCAUUUUCCCAUUGCUCAUCCUUCGUCGUUGAUUUUCUUCGACGUCAACACGAAGAAUUCGUCAGGUCCGAUGAGUUCAUUGAGGCGUUAAAUAAGGUUAGACUCCGCCCACUUUUCCCAAAACCUACAGUAAUCCUCCAGAUGUCAUCCUCCACCGACUCUUCGUCCUCUCAUCAGAACACCAUUCGAAAAUCUGGCUCUUCUAAAAGAACAGCUACUCAAUUGACAGCCGAGGCUUUGUUGAAAACCAAACACGACAGGCAUACGAAAUUUGGAGAAUUAAAACUCGAAAAAAUGUAUCCAUCGGCGCGCCAGCCGUACGUCUGCAACGCCACCACAUCCCACAACGACUCUGCCGUCAGCUCAUCAUUUUCUGGAGAUGCUCCUGGAGCACACAGAUCGAAUCGACUCCGUCACUUGCGCGAAGAGCAAGCCCACCAGAAUCGGGAUACGGCUACAGUACCCCGCGUCGAGAAGCAACAGGCCUCAUCAGCCGCCGACCAACCGUUUGACCAUGCGACCGAAAAUGGAAGGAGAGGAUUCUCAAUGGAAAUCACAAAAAAAUUGUUGCGACAUUUGGAUAAGGUCAAAAUGAAUGAGGAAAUGGAGAGAAGGAUUGAUGAUAUCGAGGAGUGUCGGUAUACGACAAUCGAUAUGGUGAAUGGAACUGAAGCCGAUGUGGAUAUGGGCGGAAUUGAUGAGGACGAAGAAUUGGAUGAUUAUUUGAAAAUGAAAAUGACGGAUGAUUCUCAAAAAGGAUCCCAAAAUCGGUCGCCGAAGGGACCGAAUUCUGGAGAAAAGGAGAAGGAUGGAGUAUCGAAGAAUGCAACUUUCUCUCCAGCUCCACCACCACCUCGCGAUUCUCCACGUGGCCUCAUCUCCUCCCAUCUCCACCACCACUCCAUCCAUCACAACACCAUCCGGCCACCCCGUCGUACUUCCAAAGAGUACCCCUUGGAUAUUUCCCUCUCCAGAAAUCAGUAUCCACGUCAUCAUCAAAUCGACACCAAUCGUAGUCUAAUGUCCCAAUCAAUGUGUGUCCCUGGACCCUCCUAUUCCUCUGCUUCCUCCACAUUUUCGCGUGAUUCCUUCGCUCCAUCUCCAAUGCUCAAAGGAUUCGCAGGGGCUCCAGGAUCCAGUAAAUCAAGCCAAAUGUAUGAUUCCUCGGGAAUCGGAUCCAUGGCUCCAUCUGCAUUCUCUGCCACGUCAUCGUUGGAUUACAAAGAGAAGAGACAUCGCAAAUCGUUGCCGAAUCAUCAUUCAAUGAUGAGUAAUAGUUUAACGACACCAAGGAAGCAUCAUAAGAUUGGAAAGAGUCUUUCAAAUUUGAUUACUCUUAGUUAUGUUGGCUCCGACAAAAUCCCAGUUGUCACUCAUGUCCCAUAUGAUGGACCAAUGACACUAGCGGAAUUCAAAAGACACUUUGCACUGCCAACUGGAGGACAACAAUUAUUCUUCAAAACCGACUGUGAAGACGGCUCGGCACCCUUCCAGCUGCUCCUGGUCCGCGAUGAGCACACACUUUUGCCAGUUUUUGAGGGAAGAAUUGCUGCCGAGAUUCGCUAA